CAACUUGCGUAGCUUCCACAGCGUUGACUGCUAUGUAGGGAACGGAGUAUAGACAUCCGUUCGUUGUCUUACGCAUUUUCAAUAUGUUCUCGACCGGCCUCUACAGGUGCCAACAAUUUCUCUGCCGGCAAGAAAUUUCUUCCGUUUCACGACUAGGCACAGUCUUAUUUAUAACUAAAUAAACGAGGUGUCGCCAUUAGCUUUUAUCAGCGUACUCCUUGACCGUAGUCAUAGCCUUUAGUCCAUGGAAGAAUUUAUGGUUCUUCCGAGAGUCGCGAGAAGCCUCGAGCAUCUCCGACGGAAUUCUGGUGCUUCCUUGUCCGUAAUUAGUUGUGUGUACCCAACGCCCUUAUUUCUCCUGUUUCAAUUCGUGCAUCUAUCUUUUUUCGGUUUACGUGGACAGCGCAUUGAGUUUGUUUGGUGUCUCCGUGAGCACCCCUGUGAAAUCGGCGCGUUUUCUCCGUGCGCUGAUAUUAUCGUCGUUUCCUUUUUUUUCUUUCAAAGGAUGUGCUGCAGCCCCAGCGCCAGGGAAAUCCUGACAUCAUGAAAAAUGAUGGUACGUACAGCGGCCACUUCACCCAGUUCAUGGGCCGAGGAAGGUACUCUGUCAUGGCAUACGUUAACGGAGGCAAGAAGACUAGACAUGCGUACCGUAGGCUGGGAUUCCCCCCCGACGCGGUGGUAUGGGAUGGAAAACACAAACGCGUGUCAUCAAAGGAAUUACCAAUCAUACCAGCCCCAGCCAACUACGCUUUCAAGGAUACCCUCCUAGGUGACUUGGAGCCCACGCGCCCGUUCCAGAGAAUCACAGGCGGCGCUUCCUUUAAGGUCACCAGCGACCUCCGGCGGAGUGAUGUUCCUCCUGCUAAUAUCAUGGACCUGAGAGCUGUCGAAGGGCACGUUGAGAUCGACGGAACGCCUAUCGUCAGACUUACGUGGACUUGGCCUGGUGCGCACAUGACACACGGAGUAGAUGUGAUCGUGGUCACUCAGUACGCCCUGUACCAGCUAUGGGUGUACGCCGGCAUGACCCUGUUUUUCGUGCUGAUGCCUUCGCUGGUGGUGAACGUCUGCAGCUUCAGGUGGCACAUUCACGACAAGCGUGUCUCGAAGGUUAUCUGGGUCGCCAGCGUGCUGCAGCUCGGCGUUCUGCACAGGUACUGGCUGUGUUUGCGUGCGGGGCUCAAGGCCGAGCGGACACGAGAUGUGGACGAUUUCCACGAGCUGUACCAGCACCAGAGUGACCUCUGCAUGCUCCGCCUGUUCGACUCGUUCCUGGAGUCGGCGCCUCAGCUGGUGCUGCAGCUCUACAUCAUGGUCAACCACGAGGACUGGAAUCCUUGGACUGGCAUCUCGGCACUGCUGUCUCUACUGUCUCUCGGCUGGGGCAUUGCAGCCUACGGCAAGGCCAUGAGGCUGUACCGUGCUGAAAAACAGCAGCUCUCCUGGACCGGUCUGAUUCUGCAGACAUUGUGGAGAUUUGGGACCAUGACCUCACGUGUGACCUCCAUGGUUCUGCUUGCAUGCGUCUGUGGCGCAUGGACUCUAGUCAUCAUCGGCACCCACUGGAUGCUCAUGACUGGCUGGCUGGUGUGGCAGAAAACCGACUUUUGCCCAUCACGCUGGGAAGAACUUGUGUACAAUGCUAUCGUGGGUGCCAUCUACACCUUCUGCUUCUUCAACGUGCGCGAGGGCCAGUCACGUGGCCGUGUUGUUGCAUUCUAUGCUCUCAUUGGCCUGCAGAACGUCGCAUUCCUCGCUGUCUACUGUGUCGCAAAGGGUGACGCCGACGACCUGCGUGUCAUCACUUCAACGGCUGUAGUGCUGGGAAGCUUUGGCAUUGGCAUGUACUGCAUGGCGUUGUACUACCGGUUCUUUCACCCGAGUGGGCCUAUCUACCUUUGCACUGGUAAAAGUACACAAGGAGAGAGUCUGGAAAUGCAGGAACACGGCAACACUCCUGGUGAUGCCUCUACGCCACCGAGCAAGUCAAAACCAACGUCAGCUGCGGUCAGUGCAUCACACUCAUUUCGAACCCUCAAGUAUGCGAACUGUGCUCACCAGAUGACGUCUACACCUCGUCAGCGGGAUCCCGAAAGGGCAUCAUCUCUUAGCGGUGACAGCACAAUUUCGCCAUGCAGUCAGGAUACGCCGAAAAGCAUGAGGCUCUUUGAUAAAGCAACACCUGAGGAGAGGCAAACAGGCAGAAUGGAUGCUAGUGAUCUGUAUCGCAACAGGACCACCGUGAGUCUCUCGGGGGAUGCCACAAGUCCAGUGCCAUCUCGUCGGGUGAGGUUUGACUUAAAAGACUGCUCACUUGAUGAGAGCCAUCGAUGGCGAUCAGAGGACUGCAGCUUUGCCGACAUCAGGUCCGACUCAGACGAUGUUGGAACCCUCAGUAUCACAAAGGAUCGCUUAGCCAGCCAUCACCACGUCGUCAACUACAACUUUCGCCCAUUUGUGGGCGAAGGUGCUCAGGGACGCCCAUUCAGAAGGCACUGCUCCUGUCUGGUGCUCUUCGAGUGCCUGCCGGACCUCGGCUUUGACUCACUGCUUCUGUCGACGGACAGCAAAGUAUCGGCAAAGAAAGCAUUGCUGAACGUAAUGUCGACGCCGAACGUGAGACUCCAGCAUUUGAACGAAGAAAGCUGCAGCGAUUUGGCAGCGUCUUGGUCAAUGCUCAACUUUCUCGCAGCGGAUCAGAGUGUCGUAGGCUUCUCGGAGAGUGCAGUCAGUGGGUCGACCGAGCUUCUCGUAUAA